AUGGAUGCAAAGGCGUAUCUAGGCGGCUCGCGAGCCGACUCUUCAUCGCCCUCCAAGGCGCUUUCCGUCUUGGAGCGUGCCCAGCUGCAGCUCCGGGGCGAGAAGCUCUCGAGGGCGACUUCGGCCCGAACAAUCUCCUCGACCCGUCUGCAGGUCGAUGAUGCAACUGGAUAUCCAGGCUCCGCAACCUCGUCGGCCCCAUCACGCGGACUUCGCGGAGCCAAGCCAGUCUACCUCGACGACGACAGCGACGCCCUCGGCGAUAGUAUCAGCAUCACCCCCAGCGAGUCUUCUCUUGAUUCCUCCGAUGAGGAGCUUGAGGAAUAUCUGUCGCGCCUCGGCAACGCCGCCAAAGAACCCAGCGGAGGCUCGAAGAAGCCCAAGAGCCACGCCGCAAGUGCGACCACAUCCAAGACCUCGCUUGCCACAACAGCGGCAUCCGCCUAUCUCAAACGACCAGUUUCGCACCAGAGCAAACUCGACGAUGCUUCCACUCCAACACGAUCGACCUCGGUUCCUCCCACGUCCUCGCCGUACCUCAAGACUAAAGAAACGUCGCAGUCCCACGAGUCCGUGGCUCAACAGCGCCCCACUUAUCUCAAGGCCAUGAAGUCCUUUUCGACCAUCAAGUCCUCGGUCGAGAUUGGAGACGAUGCGAGGUUUCUCGAACAACCCCAAGCGCCCAAAGACACCGCGGAGAGAUCAGCCAACAGCUCUACCCCCGGAGCCGGCCAUGGGCAGUCCGAAUCCACAUCCGAUACUGACGACGGCAGCUCCAUCGGCAGCGACUUUGAGCGAUUCAUGGGAACGGGUGUGGCCAAAGACGCAGCCAUGUCCCCAAAGGCAGCUUCAGAGCCUGUCGAAAAGGAAACGAUCGAAACAAAGUAUGGGCUUUCGUCGGAUUCGGAUCUCCAGUCAUCGCCCAUAAGUAUCUCCGUCUCUGCCGCUCAGGUCGAUCCGGCGAUCCAAACGACUCCAACAGCGAUAGCUUCGGAAACAGGACUGAAAGUACCCGGGCCAACGAGUGUAUCACUUCAAGCGAGUUCAGUCACAUCUCAUGUCGGCGGUCGAGCAGCCGAUGGAGUCGCAGGCACUGGAUUCACCCCCGACCUGCACAGCCAAAGUACUCUCAGAGGUGCCACUACGGCUUCCAGCACCCUUGCCACCCUUAAUGCGCAUACCGGCCCGAGCCCAGCGAUCACCACAGUCGCCCAACCAGUGCCUGUCAACGCCGUGAUUCCAAGUAACUCGAAUACCAGAUCGGCAGUGCUGUCCCCGGUGCAACGAGAUGCGUCCCCCACGCCAUACAAGCCAACACGAUCCAGCGAGCCAAAGCCUCACGCCGCCCAGAUCGAAAACGAGUCCCAAGUCCGUCCAGCCGAGGCCCCUCCAAAUAUGGAUGAAAACUCCGAUAGCGCCGCCCUCAGGAAAUUCGGGCUGCUGACCCUCCAGGAUCUCGAUAACCCCAAGAGCGAGUCCGUCAGCGGGUCGUCCUCGCUGGCCUCCAACCCGGAGAGCGAGAGUAUCGAGGGCAUCUCGCUCGGCAAGCAAGCCCACUCAUCAAUUCCGCGGCCCGAGUCACUCGCCGCGCCUGGACUCGACCAAGCAACGUAA